AUGGCGACUCUGAGCACCAUCAGUCUUUUAGAUCAAAACCCUCGUUUGAUCCAGUACACCACAAAUGUCCACCCACUGGAUAAGAAUGCAUCCUUUACCCUGGAGUCGACUAAUUUUACCGACACCGAUGUCCAGGAGUGGUCCAGUGUUGUAGGUCUUGUCGCCAAAUCUUCUAUCAUGGUGCUCAUUAUCAUCGCCGCCAUUUUUGGUAAUCUGCUGGUAAUCGUUUCGGUUAUGAGACACCGCAAGUUGAGGAUCAUCACCAACUACUUUGUGGUGUCCCUAGCCUUGGCAGAUAUCAUGGUCGCUAUGAUGGCGAUGACGUUCAACUUUAGUGUCCAGUUGACGGGACGAUGGCUAUUCGGUUAUUUUAUGUGUGAUGUUUGGAACUCUUUGGAUGUCUACUUCUCUACUGCUUCGAUUCUGCAUUUGUGUUGUAUAUCUGUAGAUAGAUACUAUGCCAUUGUGAAACCUCUGAGAUAUCCAAUAAAUAUGACUAAACGAGUGGUUGCUGUCAUGAUUUUGAAUACCUGGGUAUCACCAGCGUUGUUGUCCUUUGUACCGAUUUUUCUGGGAUGGUACACAACUGAGGAGAAUCAACGGUUCCGUGCGGAGCAUCCAAAUAUCUGCGAGUUUGUGGUCAAUAAGUGGUACGCAGUAAUAUCGAGUUCCAUUUCUUUUUGGAUACCUUGCACGAUAAUGGUGUUUACGUAUCUGCAAAUUUUUCGCGAGGCGGAUAAGCAAGAGAAGGCGUUGCACAUGCGCCAAGGUAAAGCCAUGUUGAUGCAUCGUCCCAGCCGAGAUUGCGGACAUAACGGUGAUGUUCUGUCAUCGUCAGGUGGCUCAUCCAAAACAUUGACGUUGCAUGAGAUUGCGGAUGAGCCUUUGCACACCCCAACCAAG